UCAUUCUCUAUGUAGUUCAGGCUGUCCUGGAAUAAAUUCUAUCUCAGCCUCCUGAGUGUUGGGGUUAAAGGUAAACGUCCCCUUGCCCUGCCAGCACUGUACUUUCUGAAGGAAAUCUCUGGCUGGUGGUUAAGGAGGGCAGGCUAGCGGGGUAGCUCCUCUCCAGGCUUGUCCUCGUCUGGUGGCCAGACACAGCCCUUGGGUAACACACACAUUUAACAAAGAUCCUCGUCCCGCUUAGUGGAAAGGGCCACCUCUCCCCAGGUGGCAGUUAGGGCUGGAGCUGGGGCAGGACUGGCUUAGCUUGUGAGUCAGAAUCCCUGCUGGCUCUCUGUUUCCUGGGGAGUAAACAAGGCCUCUGGUAGGCCCUCUGGCCUCCACUUCCCGAGCCAACAGCGGGCCAGCCUCUCUCUCACCCCUGCUCUGCUCCCGCGGCCCCGGCCUCUAGUCUGCCUCUGUCAGGCUUCCGGCCCCUCCAUCCGGCAGACAUGCCUGGCGUGCCGGAGCCUGGCUGUGGGGUAGGAGGGGCCCCGUGUGUGAGUGCUCAUGGAGACUGUGGUGUGAGGUGCCACUGGGCAUGCAGUCAGUGCUGGCAGAGCUAGCUCUUUUCUGUGGGGAGAAUGUGGAGGUCUCACUCCUGGCCGGGAAGGGCGAUGUGAGCCUGUCUCAGCCGGAAAGGCAACGCAGGAGAGAGCAAGGAGAGACAGAAACUAAAAGGCCCGCCUCAGAACCGAGCGAAGCUGCACUUCUGGGUGUGUUCUUAUGUCCACCCUUGUUGGGAGGCAGACGACAUUGUGUGGGGAGCAUACAGCUCAACUGUACAUGACAGCCUUCACGGGAAUGGAAGACUUACUGACCAGACAGAUCAGCAAGGAAGGGGCCAAGUCGGAGGUGCUGGGUAUAAACAGUCCCAGUUAGGGAAGCCGACACCGGAGGGAGACUCUGACCGCUCAGGUCCCUGCUGACCCCAUCUUGGCUUGUAGCCCUGGGCAGAGCAGCUGAAGACUCCUCCGCAGUGCAGCUCCACCCUGAAGGCCUUCGGAAGGAGGGAAGGUAGCCUUUCUCCAGUCAACUACCCUCUUCGCAGAGUUGGAUCCAGAUCCUGAGCGCUGGGAUCCCCAGGACACCAUCUGGCUUCCCAGGCCCAUGCUGGCCGCCACUGAUGUGUCCUUCCAGCUGCCGGCUGCAGUGCUGUUCCAUUGCCGAGUGCCCUAUUGCAGGCCUCUGCAAUGCCACUUUGUCCCCUCCUCCUCCUGGCCCUAGGCCUGCGGCUGGCCGGGACACUCAACUCCAAUGAUCCCAAUGUCUGUACCUUUUGGGAAAGCUUUACCACGACCACUAAGGAGUCCCACCUGCGCCCCUUCAGCCAGCUCCCAGCUGAGUCCUGCGACAGGCCCUGGGAGGACCCCCACACCUGUGCUCAGCCUACGGUUGUCUACCGGACUGUGUACCGUCAGGUGGUGAAGAUGGACUCCCGCCCACGCUUGCAGUGCUGUGGAGGUUACUACGAGAGCAGAGGGGCCUGUGUCCCACUCUGUGCCCAGGAGUGUGUCCAUGGCCGCUGUGUGGCUCCUAAUCGGUGCCAGUGUGCCCCAGGCUGGCGGGGUGACGACUGCUCCAGUGAGUGUGCCCCGGGAAUGUGGGGACCACAGUGUGACCAGCUCUGCCACUGUGGCAACAGCAGUUCCUGUGAUCCCAAGAGUGGGGCGUGCUUUUGCCGCUCUGGCCUGCAGCCCCCCAGCUGCCACCAGCCCUGCCCUGCUGGCCACUAUGGUCCUGCCUGCCAGCUUAGUUGCCACUGCCACGGGGCAUCCUGUGACCCCCAGGAUGGAGCCUGCUUCUGCCCCCCAGGGAGAACAGGGCCCAGCUGUAAUGUGCCCUGUUCACAGGGCACUGAUGGCUUCUUCUGCCCCAGAACCUAUCCUUGCCAAAAUGGAGGUGUUCCUCAGGGUCCCCAAGGCUCCUGCAGCUGCCCGCCGGGCUGGAUGGGUGUCAUCUGUUCCCUGCCAUGCCCAGAGGGCUUCCAUGGACCCAACUGUACUCAGGAAUGUCGCUGCCACAAUGGUGGCCUCUGUGACAGGUUUACUGGGCAGUGCCACUGCACUCCUGGCUAUAUUGGGGCUCGGUGCCAGGAGGAGUGCCCUGUGGGCCGCUUCGGUCAAGACUGUGCUGAGACCUGUGACUGUGCUGGCGCCCGUUGCUUUCCUGCCAAUGGCGCGUGUCUGUGCGAACAUGGCUUCUCGGGUGACCGCUGCACGGAGCGCCUCUGUCCAGAUGGCCACUAUGGUCUGAGCUGUCAGGAGCCCUGCACCUGUGACCCAGAACACAGUCUCAGCUGCCACCCGAUGCAUGGCGAAUGUUCCUGUCGGCCAGGCUGGGCGGGCCUCCACUGCAAUGAGAGCUGCCCCCAGGACACGCAUGGCCCGGGCUGCCAGGAGCACUGCCUGUGUCUGCAUGGCGGCGUCUGCCUCCCCGACAGCGGCGUAUGCCGCUGCGCACCGGGCUACACGGGGCCUCACUGCGCUAACCUUUGUCCACCCGACACUUACGGAGUCAACUGUUCCUCCCGCUGCUCCUGCGAAAACGCCAUUGCGUGCUCUCCCAUCGAUGGCACGUGCAUCUGCAAGGAAGGUUGGCAACGUGGUAACUGCUCUGUGCCCUGUCCCCCUGGCACCUGGGGCUUCCAUUGCAAUGCCAGUUGCCAGUGUGCCCAUGAGGGAGUCUGCAGCCCCCAAACUGGAGCCUGUACGUGCACGCCAGGGUGGCAUGGAGCCCGCUGCCAGCUUCCCUGCCCGAAGGGACAGUUUGGUGAUGGUUGUGCCAGUGUCUGCGACUGUGACCACUCUGAUGGCUGUGACCCUGUUCAUGGGCAGUGCUGGUGUCAGGCUGGCUGGACGGGCACACGCUGCCACCUGCCUUGCCCACAGGGCUUCUGGGGAGCCAACUGCAGCGAUACCUGCACCUGCAAAAAUGGUGGCACUUGCGUCCCUAAGAACGGCAACUGUGUGUGCGCGCCAGGGUUCCGAGGCCCCUCCUGCCAGAGGCCCUGCCCACCUGGUCGCUAUGGCAAGGGCUGUGUGCCAUGCAAGUGCAACAACCAUUCUUCCUGCCACCCAUCGGAUGGGACCUGCUCCUGCCUGGCGGGCUGGACGGGCCCUGACUGCUCUGAAUCAUGUCCCCCAGGCCACUGGGGACUCAAAUGCUCCCAACCCUGCCAGUGUCAUCAUGGUGGAACCUGCCACCCCCGGGAUGGGAGCUGUGUCUGCACUCCAGGCUGGACUGGACCCAGAUGCUUGGAAGGCUGCCCAUCAAGAAUGUUUGGUGUCAACUGCUCCCAGCUAUGCCAGUGUGAUCCUGGAGAGACGUGCCACCCAGAGACUGGGGCUUGUGUCUGUCCCGCAGGACACAGUGGUGUGCACUGCAAAACGGGAAACCAGGAGUCCUUCACUGUAAUGCCCACCUCUCCUGUGACCCAUAACUCACUGGGCGCCGUCAUCGGCAUUGCCGUGCUGGGGACCCUUGUGGUGGCCCUGAUAGCACUGUUCAUUGGCUACCGCCACUGGCAAAAGGGCAAGGAGCACGAACACUUGGCCGUGGCUUACAGCACUGGGCGGCUGGAUGGCUCUGACUACGUCAUGCCAGAUGUCUCUCCGAGCUAUAGUCACUACUACUCCAACCCUAGCUACCACACACUGUCUCAGUGUUCUCCUAACCCCCCGCCCCCUAACAAGGUUCCAGGCAGUCAGCUCCUUGUCAGCUCCCAGGCACCGGAGCGGCCAAGCAGAGCCCAUGGGCGUGAGAACCACGCCACACUGCCCGCUGACUGGAAGCACCGCCGGGAGCCCCAUGACAGAGGCACCAGCCACCUGGACCGAAGCUAUAGCUGUAGCUACAGCCACAGGGACGGCCCAGGACCGUUCUGUCAUAAAGGUCCCAUCUCUGAAGAGGGACUAGGGGCAAGCGCGAUGUCCCUGAGCAAUGAAAACCCGUAUGCCACCAUCCGAGACCUGCCCGGCCUGCCUGGGGAAGCCAGAGAAAGCAGCUAUGUGGAGAUGAAAGGCCCUCCAUCCGUGUCUCCUCCCAGGCAGCCGCUUCACCUCCGGGACAGGCAGCAGCGGCAACUGCAGCCACAGAGGGACAGUGGCACCUAUGAGCAGCCCAGCCCCUUGAGCCUUAAUGAAGAGUCUGUGGGCUCCCGGCCCCCUCUUCCUCCGGGCCUGCCUCCCGGCCACUAUGACUCUCCCAAGAACAGCCACAUCCCUGGGCACUACGACUUGCCUCCAGUCCGGCAUCCUCCAUCACCUCCAUCCCGGCGCCAGGACCGCUGAGGAGCCAUCGUGGCGUGGGACAGCGCCUGUGUACCCUGCCAGGAGCAGGGACCGGACCGGCGGGCCACGGACAGACACACUUGGUGAAGCGAACAGAGACCGCGGGAGACACUAGUUGGCAAGGUGUCUAACCCUCUUUUUCCAACCCACUGCUCAAGUCCCCCAGGCGCUGCGGACAUAAGCUGGUGGGCAAAAUGUCGUUGUAUACGUCUGAUUUUAGAUUGGUUUUUUAAAAAAAUCUGUGUUGGGUACCUUU